AUGGCUACCAACGAAGGUGGAAGGCUAGUGCUGUUGGUUUCGUCAGAAAUUACAACCGAACCGGCCCCUGCUUACGACAAUUCUUUUGUAGGUUUAUCCGGUGGUCAAAUCUUUCACGAAAUGAUGUUGCGUCACGGUGUGAAGCAAGUAUUUGGCUAUCCGGGAGGUGCGAUUCUUCCAGUGUUCGAUGCCAUUUACAACUCGAAACAUUUCGAUUUCGUACUUCCAAGACACGAACAAGGCGCUGGUCAUAUGGCAGAAGGUUAUGCUAGAGCAAGUGGCAAACCUGGAGUUGUUCUUGUAACCUCUGGGCCUGGUGCAACAAAUGUUGUAACUCCUAUGCAAGACGCUUUAUCUGAUGGCACUCCGUUAAUCGUGUUUUGCGGACAAGUACCUACUUCUGCCAUUGGGACAGAUGCGUUUCAAGAAGCUGAUGUUGUUGGCAUUAGCCGAGCUUGUACAAAGUGGAAUGUAAUGGUAAAAGAUGUUGCUGAUCUACCGCGUCGUAUUACUGAAGCAUUCGAGAUCGCCACCACAGGACGUCCUGGCCCAGUGCUUGUGGAUCUUCCAAAGGACGUGACUGCUGCCAUCCUUAAAAAAUCAAUUCCUACACAAUAUACUCUCCCAUUCCGCGCGUUUAGCGAUGUGCCCGCAUUAGCUUCUUCUAUGAUCACUGGUCCUGCUAUUCGUCGUGCAGCCGAGUUGAUCAACAAAGCAAAACGUCCCUUAAUAUAUGCAGGUCAAGGUGUUCUUUCGACAUUAGAGGGCCCGAAAUACCUAAGAGAACUCGCUUCAAGUGGAAACAUUCCGGUGACAACUACUCUUCAAGGCCUCGGUGCUUUCGAUGAAUUAGAUCCUCGUAGUUUGCAUAUGUUGGGCAUGCACGGUUCUGCCUAUGCCAACCUGGCCAUGCAAAAUGCCGAUGUUAUUAUUGCGCUAGGUGCGAGGUUUGAUGAUCGUGUGACUGGACAUUUAGCACAUUUUGCACCGGAAGCUAAAAGGGCCGCUAAAGAGGACAGGGGUGGUAUCAUUCAUUUUGAAAUAAGCCCUAAAAAUAUUAAUAAAGUUGUUCAAGCAACCUGUGCCGUUGAAGGCGACGUAUCUGACAACCUCAAUAGGAUUAUGCCGUUUAUUGAGUUUUCCGAUCGUAAAGAGUGGUUUGGCCUUAUCGACGAAUGGAAAAAGAAGUAUCCAUGGACCUACGCCAAACCAAAGACAUCAGAUUCCCCAUUAAAACCACAACAAAUUAUUGAAGAAUUAGAUCUUCAAACUCGGGAUUACAAGGAGAAGGUCCUUAUGACUACAGGAACCAUGGGAUAUGGUUUGCCCGCGGCAAUUGGUGCGAAGGUUGCAUGUCCAGAUAAAGUUGUUAUAGAUAUUGAUGGCGAUGCAAGUUUCAGUAUGACUGGAAUGGAACUGGCGACAGCCGCCCAAUUUAACAUUGGCGUAAAAGUAUUGAUUCUUAACAAUGAUUUCCAAGGGAUGGUAAAACAAUGGCAAGAUCUAUUUUACGAAGAACGUUAUAGUCAGACCAGAAUGAAAAAUCCUGAUUUUGUGAAAUUAGCGGAGUCUUUCGGCGUAAAAGCACUAAGAAUUCGCACAGAAGAAGAAAUACCAAGUAAGAUGGCUGAAUUUUUGGAGUAUAAUGAUGGACCAAUU